AUGGCUUCUAGGAUAGGACUGGCUUUUUUCGGCUUGGGGAAUAUGGGAUUAGUCCAUGCCAAGAACGCCAUUUUGUCACCAAGAGCCUCUGUGAAAUGGAUCAUCCGAAAUCGCCUGGAAGAUGCCCAGAAGUUUGCGCAAGAUCUGAAUCUCAACGCACGAUGCACUACUCCUGACAAAGUGGCCGAGGUUUAUGCAGACCCCGAAGUUCAUGCCACGCUUAUCUGUUCCCCAUCAACGACACACGACCAGAUAAUUCACGACUCACUCAAUGCAGACAAAGCAGUUUUUUGUGAAAAACCGGUCACCAUUACUGAAGAAUCCACCAGGAAAUGCUACGAGCUCGCGGAGGCAAAAAAACUUCCUCUUUUCUGCGCAUUUCACAGGCAAUUCGACCCCAGCUUCAGAACCGUGUACGACAGAAUAAAAUCUGGGAAAUUGGGACGAGUUCGAUUGAUCAAGGUGACAAGUCGUGACCUAUGUCUACCGCCUCUCUCUUACCUAAAAACGUCAGGUGGAAUAAUUGCAGAUUCAACCAUCCAUGACUUAAGUUAUGUGCUAUGGUUGGGUGGUUCUAAACCAAAGACAAUAUAUGUGCAAGGAAUGAACUUCAAACCAGAACUAGCUUCUAUUCCUGACAUGGACCAGGUCCUCGUCACCAUCAAACACGAGAAUGGAACCCUCAGCCUCAUAGACAAUGGCAGACUAGCACCUUAUGGCUACGAUCAAAGACUUGAGGUUCUUUGUGAAGAAGGUUUGCUUUCAGUAGGAAAUCGUAACAGUGACCAAGUAACCGAGGCUGGACAUCAAGAGACCACAGAACCUCGCAUCUAUGACCAUUUCACCAACAGAUAUGGCCAAGCUUACAGCAACGAACUCGAACAUUUUCUAGACGUCCUUCAAGGAAAAGCGGAGUUGAGUGUGACAAAGGAUCACACUAUCGAGACGAUGCGACUGAUUCGGGCCUGUAACCAGUCAAUUGAGACCGGCCUUCCUGUUGAAUACACCGAGGAAUUUUAA